UGGAAAAGAAAGGAAUUAGGGGGACAGUGGCUGGAGAAAGCAGGGCACUGUGCGCCGGCAUUCCAGAUGUCCAAACGGCAGUUGUACCAGCCCAAGUUUUUCUGGGCACCGGUUGCCAAUGAUGACCUCAUGAGCUCCAGGCUCAAGACUGUAGGCAUACAGUUCUUGCUGACACUGGCUUGAAUAGCCCUCAGCCUUUCAUGCGUCCAUUCAUUCUCUCCAGUCCUCUGGCGGCAAAAUUACUCCCUCAUAAUUAGCCAUUGUCCCCGUUUUUGGCUAGUCUGAAAAAAGUUUUUUUGGCUAGUCACUUUUGUGACCCCCCCACCCCCCACCCCCCAACCCCCAUUUUAACCUUUUUUUGCCUGUCUGUCACCCUCCAUCUUGUCUAAUAUGUUUAUUGUGAAGUCGAGCAAUAUACAGCCCCCUUCCUCUGUCUAUCUUUAGCAUUCUCACUUCAUUCUGUCUCUCUGUCUUCUGUCCUCGUCACAGUGGACUGUGGGAGAUUUUACACUCGAUUUGUUGACUCCUUUGCUAUAAAGUCGGCCGCUCUGAAGAAAAGUAUCUUUAUAAAUGACAGAGAGGACCUGUCCCUGAAUGGUGCUUUGUUUACUGUUUUUCCAAAAAGGGGCCCCCACUAUAUUUCAUCUGUCAGAGUUGCUUUUCUUCCCCCCAACAAUGCUUGAUUGUUUCCACACAAAAAAACGAGAGGGACAGAGAGAGUAAGGGAGAGAGGAAAAGAGAGAGAGUGAGAGAGAAAGAAACAGAAAGUACAAAAAAAAAAAAGAAUCCAGGUUCCACAGACAGGAGAAUUCUGUAUUAUAUUUUCCUGCCAAAUUCCGAUCUCUGUUUUCCUUCCCCUGCGCUCACAAAGGGCUCAUAACUUACUGUCAACUGUGAGGGAAACCACAAAGCUCCACUGUUGCUCUGCAAAUAGGCUGUGUUGCUUGAUGGCUUCACUGGCUGUAAAGUUUGCUUAACUGCAGCACUGACACCAGGCACUUUGGGAACUGCCGCCCCGUAAGGCCCCGAGCGAGGGACGGAGAGAGACGGCGAGCUGCUUUCCUUGUGUCUCAGAAUUGUCUCCGGCCGCACGAGGACUGAAAGAGACACGCGUGCGAGGGAGACACUCUGUGUGUGUUUGUGUGUGAGCGGAGGAGCUUAACAGCUGCUCUGCCGGUGGCUCUGUUUGUGUGUGUGAGUGUACUUCGUUCAGCGUGGCGUCGGAUGUGUUCUGACAAGACGUGCCGUGGCUGGGACGAACGGCCUGUCUGUGCUCGAGUGUUUUUGUGUGUGUUUGUGUGUAUCAGAAUUUGAGGAAGUGUUAUGCCAUCCGGCUCUGAAGUGGUGUGUGAAGAACAGAGAAGGACAGGAGCGGCCAAACAGGCUGAGGGGGACAGUAUCAGAAUCAUGUCUUCCAAGCAAGCCACCUCUCCGUUCGCCUCGACCCCUGACGGAGGCGAGGAUGGAGUGAAUCAGGAACGCAUGUCCUGGGAGAAAGAGGAGAACUCGGAGUCACUAGUUGCCCCUCAGCUGCCCCUGCACAAUCUGCUCCUUAACAAACCUCCCCUGGAGGAGCUUCAGCCAAUCAGCAGCAGCGUGCCGCCCGAAUCCGACUGGGACAGCCUGAUGUCAGCCCAGCAGCGCAUGGAAUCGGACAGCAAUAAAGUAUGUUCCUUAUACUCCUUCCGGAAUAACUCUACCUCUCCACACAAGCCAGAGGAGGGGGCCAGGGAGCGCGGCGACCUGCUGAGCAGUUCAGCCUUCGGAACACCAGAGCGCCGCAAAGGAAGCCUGGCCGAUGUGGUGGACACACUGAAACAGAAGAAACUAGAGGAGAUGACAAAGACAGAGCAAGACGAAUCCUCCUGCAUGGAGAAACUCCUUUCUAAAGACUGGAAAGAGAAGAUGGAGCGACUCAACACAGGAGAGCUGUUAGGAGAAAUUAAAGGUACUCCGGAAAGUCUCGCGGAGAAGGAGCGACAGCUCUCCACCAUGAUCACACAGCUCAUCAGCCUGCGAGAGCAACUCCUGGCCGCCCAUGAUGAGCAGAAGAAACUGGCCGCCUCACAGAUGGAGAAACAACGUCAGCAAAUGGAGCUGGCACGCCAACAGCAAGAGCAGAUUGCCAGACAACAGCAGCAACUUCUGCAGCAACAGCACAAAAUCAAUCUCCUCCAGCAGCAGAUCCAGCAGGUCCAGGGUCACAUGCCUCCGCUCAUGAUCCCCAUUUUUCCACACGACCAGCGCACUCUGGCAGCAGCCGCGGCAGCCCAGCAGGGCUUCCUCUUCCCCCCAGGCAUGUCCUAUAAGCCAGGUGAUAACUACCCGGUGCAGUUCAUUCCAUCCACAAUGGCAGCUGCUGCCGCGUCAGGACUCAACCCUCUCCAGCUCCAGCAACUCUACGCCGCCCAGCUGGCCAGCAUGCAGGUCUCUCCAGGAGCCAAGAUGCCUCCGUUACCCCAGCCCCCCAAUUCUACUGGGCCGAUCUCCCCGUCUGGCUUGAAGAAUGAAAAGAGGGCCUCAACCCCCCUGGCUCAAGUCAAGGAGGAGGGAACGCAGCCUCUCAACCUCUCCGCCCGGCCCAAGACAGCUGAGCCCGUCAGAUCCCCCACAUCCCCGACACAGAGCCUCUUCCCAGGCAACAAGAGCAGCCCGAACAGCCUGUCCAAGAGCAGAGGCAUCCCCAGCCCCAUCGGAGGAAUGGGCCGUGGCUCGUCUCUGGACAUUCUGUCUAGCCUGAACUCAACAGCGCUGUUUGGAGAUCAGGAUGCAGUGAUGAAGGCCAUCCAGGAAGCGAGGAAGAUGAGGGAGCAGAUUCAGAGAGAGCAGCUUCAGCACCAUCAGCAGGGAAUGGAGGCCAAGCUGUCCGCCCUCACCAGCAUGGGCCUGAACAACUGCAGGGCUGAUAAGGAGAGGUCUCAUUAUGAGAACCUGGGCCAUCACCUGGGCAAACUAGGCGAGGAUGGGAAGAUUGGUCACAGAGUCAUCGACCUCACCAGGCCAGAGGAUUUUGAGGGGUGUAAGGAACUGAAUGGCUCUGCAGAUAAACCACAUCAGUAUUAUUGUUGGCCAACAGGAGGCGCCAGCACUGCCGAGGCACGGGUCUACAGGGAACCCCGGGGAAGGAACAGCAACGAACCUCACAUCAAACGGCCCAUGAACGCCUUCAUGGUCUGGGCCAAAGAUGAGCGCCGCAAAAUCCUUCAGGCCUUCCCAGACAUGCACAACUCCAACAUCAGCAAAAUCUUGGGGUCUCGCUGGAAGUCCAUGACGAACCAGGAGAAACAACCGUAUUAUGAGGAGCAGGCACGGCUCAGCAAGAUCCACCUGGAGAAGUAUCCCAACUACAAGUACAAGCCCCGGCCCAAGCGCACCUGCAUCAUCGACGGCAAGAAGCUGCGCAUAGGCGAGUACAAGCAGAUGAUGAGGUCAAGGAGGCAGGAGAUGAGGCAGUUCUUCACUGUGGGGCAGCAGCCACAGACGCAGAUCCCCAUCACCACCAGCGCAGGUGUCGUAUACCCCGGUGCCAUAACAAUGGCGACCACUACGCCCUCCCCUCACAUGACGUCAGACUGCUCCAGUGCCUCAGCCAGCCCCGAGCCCACCAUCCCCGUCAUCCAGAGCACCUUCAACAUGAAGAUGGAACCGGGCACCAUGGUGUCUAACGACCCCGUGAACGGAGAGGACGAGAUGGACAUGUACGAGGACUUUGAGGACGAGCCCAAAUCGGACUACAGCAGUGAGAAUGAAACACAGGAGCCGGUCAGUGCCAACUGAGACGAAAACAGCCAGCGAAGAAUAUCCUUUUAUUAGAGGGAAGACUGAAGAAGAUGAAAAAGAGAACAAAAAAAAAAGAAAACAAAAAACUUGUUUCUGAUGAAAUACGUUUUGGGAGCCAGCAUGCAGAUGUGGCUCCUGCAGAUUUAACAGCUAUUGGUCUUAAGUGUUUCUCCGAGUGUGAAACAAUUUGAUUGUGUUUUAUUUAGGCUUUUUUUUUUUUUUUUAAUUGUUAUUUUAUUGAAACAUUUUUUUUCUUGUGUUUUGAUCAUGGACAAUUUAGGGUAUUUCCUACGACAUUUUGGAAUAAUAGGACUUGACGAUUGAAACAUUUCAUAUGAAUGCAUAACUCACAGUCUUACUUAAAUUCAUAUGGAUUUACACAUGUAUUGUUUUUUCUUUUGAAGCGUACAUUACUGUUUUCGAUGGGGUUCUAUAUCUCACUCAGGUAUGCUGUACCAGCCAACAGCUUGUGAAUGUUUUUAAUCAGAACUAUUUAAAAGGAAAAAGACGACACUUCAUUUGAUAUUUCAUAAUACGACAAAACUGAAGAAGUCCUUACAUUUGAACCAUUGAGGGAAAAUCUAAAACUCCCCAUUAUUAUUGUUGUUCUUGUUAUUAUUAUUAUUACUACUACUACUACAAGUCCAGAUGUGCCAAACAUAUCAUAAGCUUCCUGCUCUUAAAUCUUAAAUUUAAAAGUCUUAAAGAAGAGACUGCAUGAGUCUUAGACAAUCCCUGCAAUCUUAUCUACAAAGCCCACUUUUAUUUCCUCUUCUCCCACUUUUAUUUCUCCUCUCCAUUGACAACCACGUCCAAAUGCUAAGGAACUAAGAAUGUCAUAGUUCUCCAGGAGGUUCAAUGCAGUGAUCGCCCUGACCACCGUCCUCGUCUAGUUCAGUCUUACCCGCUCGGUUCUUAAUCACAGUGAUUGUAAUCAGGCCAGAAUGCCAAGGGGCCAAAUGGCAUCCAAUCUGCAGAAUUGGACAGGCAGCAAAAGGCAGCUUUGGUGUAUUACAAUCACAAAUUGCUGUUGUACAGUAUGUACAGGCACAUUCUGCUAAAGUCUUUAGCCCUGUUUUCCAGGGCAGCAAGUUUAAAGUCUUUUAUUUAUGCUUAAGUCUUGUAGACAUUAUAAUCUUAACUGAUGGAAAUAGUCUUAAAGCAGAGCAUACGGCCUUUGGGCCUCUGCAGUGUGUUCAUCGUUAAGUCUUAAGAAAACGUCCAGUUUAUCAGGAUGUUUUGGCCAGUUAUGCAGAGAGUUAAGGAGAAAUUUAACUAAACGAAUAAUGGCACUUAUUUACCAAAUUUUCAAAGGAUACUUGGAUUUGAGAUAUUUUGUAUUUACGUUGCAAUACAUGUUCUGAAACAAAUACAUUUGAAAAAGCACAGAGACAAAUCUGCCAUUUUUUUUUUUUUUUUUGGCAAUUGAAAUCAGUUUUUUGAGCACUUGAAAAAAAAAGAAAAAAAAAAAGACAAUUCAAAUAGGCAGUCCUGCGCCUCUGCUAAAUUAUCCACUCGUUCCGGCAGCAGAAUGGAUCUCAGAUUGUUUCCAUGUGGAAGGACAGCCAAGAAGCAGCCAGCGGGCAGGGCCUCUUGUUUUAGGCUUUGGCCCUACCGAAGGCUCCUACAGGGUGUGAGUGCCAUUCACCUCCACUCGCCUGACCUCUGUCCGGCGCACACCCUGCCUCAAGGGGCUGCCAUCUGGCUCCCGGCAUCGGCCCGUGCCCAGGAGAAAGGUAGCGAACAAUGGAGACGAGGCCCAUGUGGUUUAUUGUGCCCUCUUUCCAUCAAAGCGCUCGCGAUAGGCCGCGGCCAGAAGCAGCCACGAGGUGCUAGCGAGCAGAUGGAACAAGUAGAUCAAGCUGUGGGGGAUUAUUAAAAUGACUGACGAGUCGGUAUCAUCUGAAAUACGGCAUUAUUAAUGCAUGAGUCCUGCUAUUUUGCCUUUGCCCUUGAACCUGUCUUUUUCAUCAGUAACCCAGAGAUUAGAAUAGACAGGAAAUGUCACAGCGAGGCUGCUGGUCACUGCAUUACCUCCAAAGGUCUAAAAGGUACCGAUGGCUAUUUAGCGCUUACUUCUCCCAGCAGUUGAAGCAUUGACUUUUCUCCUCAGCGCCCCUCUUUGAAAAGCAUUUACUUAAUUCGUAGAAGUUUUGAGCACUUCUUUAGAAGCUUGUAUUCGUAACUUUUAUUUUGUUGGUUUUGUUUAAGUUUGUCGUGAUUUUUACAUAGGGUACAGUUCUUGGCUGGGUGUCCCUUGACAUCCGCGUUCAGUUUUUUUUUUUUUUUUUUUUUUCUUCCCUGCUUACAAGCCAACGUUUAUUGUUUAAAGCUGUUAUAUCUGUUUGCUGGUGGAUUGGUUGAUUUGUACGUGAUUUGUACAUAUUUCCUUGACCAUGCCAAGCCAGUUCUCUAGGCUGGUAAGCAGACAAAAGGACUGUUGUUGGGACUGAAACUUGAUUGCGCUUGUAUAGAUUUAAAAAAACAAAAAAGAAAAAAAAAGAAAAGAAAAGAAAAAAGAGACUAUUUCAAUCUCACACGGAGACAAUGAUUCAAAAGUGUUACAAGCACUGGAUAUAAAUGGUAUUUUUAUCAAUUCUGACUAAUGUGAAGCCGCGAAGAAAAAAAAAAAGAAAAAAACCUACAUGAACAAGUCACCUGUUUGGACUCAUGUGAGCGCGCCUCACAGUUGCCAGAUUUGAGUCAUUUUUCUCUUGACAUAUUUUGUUUAUUUAUGCAGACACGUGAUGAAUGAACACUUUGUUUAAGCUCCAGUGCUGCCUAGGGGAGAAAGAGCAGUAAACUCAACGGAGAGGCUCGCAUAGUGACUGGCCAACUGAGACACACCGGACUUCAGUAGCACAUUUUAAUGCUCAUGUAUGUUUGUGUUGUAUAUUGUAUUUGAAGCUCUCUAGUGCAUAUAGACAUUUUAUUGUAUUUAUUAGCCAUUUUUGGCUCUAAAAGUGUCAGUAGAAAAGAAUUCAAGGACAAUCAGAGAACAAGAAUAAAAACAGUGAAAUUUCAAAAUGGAUUGGAGCUCAAAACAAAGUUUCUUCUUCUUUUUUUUUUUAAAUUUCCAUCUCAUUACAGAUUUUUUUCCUUUUCAUUGUAAAUAUAACAUAGGAAAAUAGAAUUCUAUUUUUGUUCAUGGAUACUUGCUGAAGUAUAAAUUAUGUAUUUUACUUUUUUUUCUUCUUUUUUGUGUGUGUAUGUUUUUGGUCAUUGUACUAAGGAAAAAAGAAUGAAAUCACAAACUGACAAUUCACUGUACCUCAUGUAGUUGCUGAAUUCACAUCCCUGUUGAUUGAGUAGUAUUGGAGACACAGCUGAGACACCGGGCAUCUCACUUCCAUGUGUUUAAGUGAUGAACCUCGCACUCCAUGCUGAGUUAACCAGCCAUUUGCUAUGUUGUUGGUGCACUCUGUAGCAAAGGACAAAUCUUGAAAUCCAUGUACGUAAUUUUUUGUCUUUUUUAUUUUACAAAUUGUUUUAUAAAUGUUGAGGUACUUGCUGAAGUUCUAUAAUAAUUGGUUUUGUGCCAAAUUUGAAUGAGAGAACAUGUAGUUGAGGGGCAUCAGUUGUGACGUGUCAUACAGUUCAACUUCAUCUGAAAACAUGCGAGUUUCUCGCUGAGCAUUUAAUCCAUUGGGAAUGUGCAAAUAUUUUUUUUUUCAUACAGUAUUUUUCUCUGUGUUGCUUCAUAGUGUUUAAUAGACUAUUUCCCAUCCAGUCAACAGCAAGUCUAAAUGACAUUUCUUUUAUAACUAUCACUGCCAUAUUAAUGCAAAGUAGGUACAAUAACUGAGGACAAAGCUUGGGUGUUUCUACUUAUCUUACUGUAAUGCUUUUUUGCUUUUUUUUUUGGUAUGGACUUUUGUGAUGUAUAUUGUGGGAUAGUCUUUGUUAAUUUAAUCAGCACAAUUCACUGACAUGCUGGACUGACAUGCUAGCUGCUGUUCAGAAGAGUAAAAUGUUGCUGUCAGGGACAACGUAUGCUGUUGUCAAUGCUACUUUGCUUUUAGAUUUCUGUAGUCUCUCAAGCACUGUGUGUGGCUCCUCUGUCGCUAGGUACACACUUGUUACGAAUCCCGCUAGCAGCCUGAUAACACUUUUCUUUAAUUUUGUCUUUGUGUGUGUGAGUGUGUAUGUAGAGACCGGUUUCUCAGCAGGUACAUAGACCCAUGGCAGGUAUUAUUGUUUGGGCGUUAGAGAUAUAGAAUAGUAUCUGUUGCUGCUUUUGGAAAAAAAAAAAGUUUUAAGUCUAAAAAUGUAAAUAGUUUAUCAUAAUAUCUUGUACAGUCCAGUGUAAAGUUUUUAAUUGAACUUAAAAAGGUUGCCAUCACAUUUGUGUUCACAUUCUUCUUUAUACAGUACAAAAGACAGCUGUUUGCUAAGGAUAUUAUUGUUAAAAAAGAAAAAAGAAAAAAAAGAAAAAAGGUACUAAAAAUAUUUUUUGCUUGGCUUUAGUAUGUAAACCAGCAAGUCAUUGGUUUCCAUGUGCAGUAUUGACGUGAGGUAAACUAAUUAAUGCUACAGUUGUAUGUCCAGAGACCAGUCUUCUCUGUAAUGGUAGUAUUAUUAUAUCAAAUAAAAUAAA